AGGCCUGUGGCUCAACAAACGAGCUUUACUUGUGGGGCACUAGUAUCGUGCCAUGCCACUCAAAUUGCUUUCCCUUUUUGCCCUCGGCGUUUGGGCCGAGCCAGGGCUGAAAGCAAGACGCCUGUCCAAUUGGCAGGCUGUGGAGGAGUUCCAUCGCCUCCAGCACAUCGCGACCAAAGAGAUCCAGCUGGUCGCAGCAGGCCUGGGCACCGCCGAACGCCGGCAAGCCGCGGAGGACGCGGCCUCUGCCCGACUCGCAGAGGUGGGCGACGCGAAUCUGGACCAGCUUUGGUCAUCGCUUCGAACCAGCCAGGGCUUGGUAGCGCUGAGCACGAACCACCUGCAGCUGACCGCUGCCAUUACGGCCUUGCAGAAAGAGGCACCCAAGGUGUCCCAGAAAAACAUCCUUCUCCAGAAGCGGAGCUUGCUGCAGGAAGACCUUGUUCAGGUCUUGUUUCAAAGCCUCGGGGUCGAGAAGGACUUCUACAAGGAGCAGAAUUCGGAGCUGAAGCGUCUUUGGCACCUGAAGGAUAAUAGCCUGCUCUGGGGCAUUGAGCUGGUGAGCCUCCCUGAGCUAUCCUCUGUGUGCAGCCUGCACCAACAGCUGCAUGUGGGGGAGUAUUGGUCCAAGCUGAGCAGGGCCACCGAAGCCGCGCACGUGGACGCUACAGCUCUUUACCUUGCAGAUCAGGUGGAUAAAUACCUACAAAGUGUGAUUUCCUCCUUAGAGGGAACAAGUUGCGAUGUGCACGAGCCGCCGGACGUGUGGCGUCGCGGGGUGGAGGAGCUUAGCAACUUCAGGAGGUAUACGCAGAAGUCGGCCUUCGUACUGCUGGAGUUGGUUUGGGCCUUUACCAGUGGUGAUGACCCGGAUGUCAUCAAGGGCUUUGAGCUGUCGCUCUCGAACACGGUGCGCGAAAGCACCCGCUCGCUGCAACAAUGCCUCAAGGGCUCGCCGCAGGAGAUGAUUCCGCCCCCGCCCACUCAAGAGCUAGUGAAUUCCUUGACGCUGCUGCUGCAUGAGUGGGAGGCCCUGGAGGAGAUGUUGAGCCUGAAGGUCCAGUAUCAGGACUUCUCAGUGGACAAGAUCGCGGAUUUCUUGACGAAAAUCUCCACAGAUAUUGAGCACCUGGAGAACGAGAUCGGGGAAGGUUACUUGGUAUCUGUUGACCUCGACAACCUGAAGCAGCCCUACAUGGCCACACGCCAGGUGACGUUCUUGUAUGAGCUUGCGGUGCAAGCCAUGUGGCUGAGCUUGGGGGAUACGGCGGUCAAUCGAACGGACAGGUUCGAGCACGUUGUCCACAAUUGGGAGGAUUCUCACACCGCGCUCCUUCAGGGAGGUGUCGCGGCGGCUUCCACGUUGCCUUUACCGGCGACCACCAACUUCUGCAGCCUCAGUGCUAUGGCCACUGCACACCAAGACUUUGAUUCCUUCCGAGAGACCUUCAUCCAGCUCUACAGCGCCAAGGACACGCUCAACUUGCUGAAGGACUCUGCGGUAAACGAGGCCUCCAAUCCUUCGUUGGCAGAGGCCUUUGCGGCCUUCAAAGAUGCCUGGACAUCGUUCCGGACCACAGAUGAGCUGCGGUCCCACGAUUUGCUGAUCGCAUACCACCAUGCAAAUCCAAGUGCCUUUGGCUCCAAACACAACCUCGACUAUGCGGAGGGGCCUGAAGACUACCAUCAGGUGCACAAGGUUUACCACAAGCUAUACCGCUCCAUCCUCCAAGAGAGGAACUACGACGACAUCUUCUUCUUGGACUUGGAGGGCAACUGCAUCUACUCCGUAUACAAGGAAGUGGACUUCAGCACCAACUUCGCGCAGAACGGCGCCGGGCUGUGGAAGGACUCAGGCUUGGGUGCCGCCUUCACUGCGGCACUACAAGCGCCGAGUCAGAUCCACGUAGUCGACUGGCAGGCCUACGGCCCCAGCAACGGCGAACUCGCCAGCUUCAUUGCCACAGGCAUCUUCAGGGGUGAUGAGCUGCUGGGGGUCUUUUGCAUCCGGCUGCCUCCGGCGUCCCAGCCCGUGUCCCUGGCAGAGACGGAGAAGAAGAUGAGCAUCGCCAAGGCAUCAAUGACUGAAGCGGCAGACACUUACCUCCUCACCGGCCCAACCUGCACUAAAAGUGUGCCGGAGAGCGCGUGGGAGCUUGCGCUGCAGCGCUUGACGCGCCUGAGCUAUUUGACCUUACGCUUGCAGACGGAGUUUACACUGGACGAGUACUACUCCCAGCUUUGGCUCGACAAAGCGGCGGCAGGCAAUGCAGCGCAGAAGGCAUCGCUGGCGCGGACGGCGGAUUCGCAAGUGGCACAGGCGCUGCUGGCCUUCAAGAACGCUUUCCAGGCAUAUCGCCCGACGGACGAGGAAAGAUUGCUCAGUCUGCAGAUCAAGUACAUCCUCACGAACGACAACCCGCCCGGGGAGAAGGCCAAGUUGGACUACGCGGAGGGAAAUGAGGCGUACCACGCGGUACACAAGAUGUACCACCCAACGUACCGUGCGCUUCUCCAAUCCGAGCACUACUAUGACAUCUUCUUCUUCGACCCCGAUGGCAACUGUAUCUACUCUGUCAGCAAGGAGCCGGACUUUGCAACCAACUUUGCUGCACAGGGCAGCGGCGAGUGGAAAGACUCCGGCCUGGGAGAUGCCUAUAGGGCCGCGCUGCAGAACCCGACGUCAGUGAAUUACAUCGAUUGGAGGCCGUAUGGCCCCAGCGACGGGGCGCCAGCCAGCUUCCUCUCAAUCGCGGUGCACUCAAGCGCGGGGGAUCUGAUCGGCGUCCUGGCCACGCAGCUGCCGCCCAACCUGCUGCCCCGAAACUCCUCGCUGCUGCUGGAAACGGGCAUUGCGGAGGUGAAGGAGCUCCUCUGGAAGUUCAGGUACGGCAGCCUCUCAGAGGGCAUCCACACACCUGCCACCCAGCCCAUCGCCGACGCCCUGCCGUCGGAAGGCAUGUGGCAAGAGUUUGCGGCUGCUUUGCAGGCGGGGGAUGGCUCUCUGGUCCGGCAGCGUGGCGACGCGUUGGUGGCCCAAAUCGCCCGCCUGGAGCCACUCCUUGUGGCGGGGGCCGCGACGUAUGCCCCAGCGGUGUCCGGCGCCAAGAUCUCCCUGGCCGGCGAGCAGCUGGCGCUGCUUCAGCGCCUCACCGGCGAAGCGGUAAAUGCGGCCAGCUCCGACUCAGUUGCGAUCGUCACUGCGGACAUCGCCACCUUCGAGGCCAACUUGCAGGUGCUCACCUCAGGCUCUGCAAGCCGUCGCCUCGCCACGCAAACCAUCUCGGCUACGGACUCCGUCAAGGGCCUGAGCCUGCUUUCGAAGGCGGAAGAGGCGUGGACUUCAUUCAAGGCCCAGAUGGAGGAUUUCCUCAGCCUCACGCCCAACGAGCAACGUCUCAAAGAAGUCAUUGACCUCUCGGACAACGCCAUUGCAGCCAUGGGAAAUGUGCACGAGUACUUCUCCACGGCCACACGCACCACUACGCUCAUGCCGGUGGAGGUCCUGACACCUGUGCCCUUCACGGGCAUCUGGGCGGCUGGGCGCACCUUCCUUGUCGCAGUGAAGCUGGCCGAGGCGCUGAUCAACGAGGACCAGGUGAUCCUUCCGGGAUAUGAGCUAAAGCACGACAUCUUCGACGACCAAUGCGAUGGCGGCAAGGGCUCUGACAUCGUCGUCUCGAAGAAGGUGGCCAAGGACAGCUAUGUGGGGGUGGCCGGCAUGGGCUGCAACAGCGUGUGCGAGCAGGUGUCCACUCUCGCAGUCUCCUUGAAGUUGCCGUUCCUCAGCUUCGAUUGCUCUGCCGAGCGCUUCUCCGAUGAGGCCGCGUUCCCCUUCUUGGCGCGCCUUGGGACCAAGACCUCCGGCUUCGCCCAGGCCAUGCAGGGCUUGAAGGACCUGCACGGCUGGAGCGACGUCUUCCUCGUCUCUGGCGAUGCCUCUGUUUACCAGGAAGAGGCCAACCGAUACAAGGCCUCCUUACAAGGCAUGGGCCUUCGGGUGACCUACCUGAGCGCUUUAGAGAGCGCCUGGCAGGAGAUCCAUAACCUCAUGGCAACGAUCAAGGAGGCUACCAAAGCAAAGCACCGAAUCCUGCUGGUGCUAGGCACCGAGACCUUCUUCCGCAAGCUCAUUUGCGCCUCCCUCACCGCCCAGCUUCAGCAGGGCAUCGUGUGGAUUUCCGCAGGCACCUGGCGACAACAAUGGUGGCAGCGCUCCGACAUGUCCACCUCCUUUCAGCGGCAGUGGCUCACAGAGGCAGCUCACAGCCUCCAGCUGAAGGCGGCCUUCCGAGACUUCACCACGGCGUGGAAGAAUUUCCGGCCAUUGGUCAACGACACACGGAGCACCUUGAUCUCGCUCUACGCCACGGACCAGAAGGAUGCUUUAGUCCACGUGGAGGGCCCAGAGGCAUACCAUGAGGCGCACGUGCAGUGGCACCCGCUCUACCGGUCCUUGCUCUUCGAAAAGGAGUACUACGACAUCUUUUUCUUCAACCUGGACGGCGACCUCAUCUAUUCGACCUUCAAGGAGUCGGACUUUGGCACCAACUUCGCCCUGAACGGCACAGGCCCGUGGAAGGACUCCGGCCUGGGCGAAGCCUUCCGUGCUGCGCUGGCUUCCCCGGACGCAGUGAGUUAUGUGGAUUGGAAGCCCUACGGCCCCAGUGCCAAUGCGGACGCCGCCUUCUUCUCCAUCGGUGUGCGGGAUGUCAAGGAAGAGCUGGUGGGCGUCUAUGCAAUCCAACUGCCGCCCAGCUUCGAAAAGUCGGUGGAGGAGCUGCACCCGCAGUGCUCGCUGGAGGCCAUCUCCGCAGCCUAUGAGGGGGCAAUCAACGUGGCGGGCCUGGGCAAAGCGGCGGAGGCGGACAUGGAGAAGCCUUUGGACUGCUUCAAGGGCCAUAGCCCCAGGAGUUUGCUCACGCUCCUGGACCGGCACUUGGCCCGGGGCUUCCCUGAGGGAGAUGCUGCCACGCAGGUGGAGGACCCCUACAACGACGUGAAGGCCCAAGCAGUGGAUGGCGCUUGUGCUUUGGCGCUCACCGUGCAGCACAUCCUUCAGCAGGGCUAUACCAUGUACCAGGUCCAACACCCAGACGCGGCCCUCUUUGGGAAGAUCACCGACUACCUGCACACGAAGCUGGAUUUCCAAGGCGUCUCUGGAAGAGUGACCUUCCAGGGCAACGACCGCCUCAACCCGCUGGUCGUGCAGCAGGUGCAGCAAGGGAGUUUGGUGGAGGUUGGACUCAUCGAUGGAGACCUCCAGCUCACCGACCAAUUGACGGACGCCGCCUGGGUCCCGGAAGCACCAGCCAAGGUUGAGUACAUGUGGGUCGUGCAAGUGGGAGUCUUGGUAACCGUGAUCCUUUGCCCUUGCAUCGCUGGGAUUUGGUUGGGCCGCAGGAUUCUCAAGCGUGCUGGCCAAAGCACUCCAGCCAACCCCGUCAACCAACAGUGAGGCGACGGAUGUUCCAGCGCGCUCCCACGGGAGCUCGGGUCGUUGUCAAUGUAUCAGACCUGAGCCAAACACCGACUUCUGAAGCUCAGCUGCAUCUCGAGAGAAACCAGCGGCAGGAAAUUCUGCAC